AACGCUAAGACUCACCCAAUUCACACCAACCUGGAGCUGUUCAGGCUUCACAGUCUUCAGUAUUCACGACAGUCUGCUCAUCAGAUUGCAACAGUCAACCGUCGAUCUUCUCGAAAGUCCGGCACUGCGAAAUACUGCCGAAGGCUCACCACUCGCAGCUAAGAUCGCCGAACCCGCCGUUACAAUCUUCUCAGAGUCGUCGAAAUGUCCGGCAGAGUCAGACUCACUCAUCAGAGGACGAUGGUAGCUCGUUUACCAUCCGACCGCAUUCGAGCGCUUCUCUACCAGGAUGUGGACGAGUUUCGGAACCAAAGCUUCCAGAACUUUGGGCUCACAGUUUCUAUCCUCUCCACUGCCUCGGCGUGUCAGGUACGGACGCAAGACGGACAGUCCAUCGGCUUCGAUGAAUAUAGCUUCCUGGUCUUUGGCCUUGAAGCGAGGGCGAUGCGAGUUCGUACCACAAAGCAUGGUCGCGCAGAGAUUUGGUACGAUGACAUCUGGUGUAACAUCGCCACAUACCUGGAACAUCUGGAUCUGCCCGUAGAUGAUAUCCACUCCUUCGGCCAGUCCGAGCAUGAAAUGAAGCUAAAGCGUCUCGACCAGCAGCAAAGAUGGUGGACGAUGAAUGGGAGACACUUCCCGCUCACCAAUCUUCCGGCCGAGAUUCGCGAGAUGAUCUAUGCGCAUUGCAUAGGCUCCCAGGUGGAACCGUAUCCAGCCUGCAAAGCAAGACGGCUAGGACCCAACUAUCGAGCAAUCGCCGCUUUACGCCUCGGCAACCCCAACGUCAAUCUGCUGUUCGCCUCUAGGCUCGUAUACGGAGAAGCGAGCAGGGUUCUGUCUAAAUCUGCGACCUUCCGAAUCAGCAUCUUAGGCGUCCUCGACAAGCUACUCCAGAACUCGAUGCAGUCGUCUCGGAUUCGAAGCCUCGAGCUCUCCCUCAGUCAUCGAGCCUUUUUCAACUUGUUUGGAUUGGAAACGGGUGAAAUUCGCUUCGAAACCAGGGCCGCAGCACAUGCGCUAAGAAGCUUGAAACUGGACCAUCUCAAGCUUGGAUUUGCCGCACCCUCACGGACGCUGGGGAUUGAGUGGCUUGAUGACGCUUGUCAGAAGCUGGUGGUGAACAGGAUUCUGGACGCUGCUUGGCCCUUCCUUCGAGGCCAUCCAGUACGGCUCUGCGGUUAUGUCAAGAAGUCGAGCAUUGCUCGGUUUGAUGCCUGGCAAUUAGAGGAGCAUCAAAGGAUCGGACGGUGGCAGAAUCAGCGGACGGCUGCUGGGCUGGAGAAGGGAGAGCUUGCCGACUACUACGCUUGGCUCGAUGAAGAUGAAGGGGGCGCGACUUUGCUGCAUGAGGAUAUCAACGACGAGAUGGCCAAAGAAAGCUGGACUUCGACAGACGCCCCCUUUAUUUGCCGUUGCAAAAAGAGCUGCAGUGAUCGAAUAUGGAGAUUGCGCGACUAAGUAGAUCUGGCGUGCACGAGCGGCUCGGCAGAGCGGUUUGGGAAACACGAUCGGUGUUCCAUGUACUGGAGAUAUAGCGGCAUUAGAUGUCUUGUGCAAU